CGCGUGACGACAUCUGUGUGCGCCGCCCGCCUGCCUUGCACCGGCCAGUGUGGGGGAACCGGUUUCAAGAUGUCCCUGGCAGAUGAGCUCCUGGCAGACCUGGAGGAGGCGGCGGAGGAGGAGGAGGGAGGCAGCUACGGGGAGGAAGAAGAGGAACCGGCCAUCGAGGAUGUGCAAGAGGAAAUGCAGCUGGACCUGAGCGGGGACUCGGUCAAGAGCAUCGCCAAGCUGUGGGACAGCAAGAUGUUCGCGGAGAUCAUGGUGAAGAUCGAAGAGUACAUCAGUAAGCAAGCCAAGGCUUCCGAAGUGUUGGGUCCCGUGGAAGCCGCCCCCGAAUAUCGAGUCAUCGUGGACGCCAACAACCUGACUGUGGAGAUUGAGAAUGAGCUGAACAUCAUCCACAAGUUCAUCAGGGACAAAUACUCGAAGCGCUUUCCGGAGCUGGAGUCCCUGGUGCCCAGCGCCUUGGAUUACAUCCGCACCGUGAAGGAGCUGGGGAACAGCCUGGACAAAUGUAAGAACAACGAGAACCUGCAGCAAAUCCUGACCAACGCCACCAUAAUGGUCGUCAGCGUCACCGCCUCCACCACGCAGGGGCAGCAGCUCUCGGACGAGGAGCUAGAGCGGCUGGAGGAGGCUUGUGACAUGGCCCUAGAGCUCAACGCGUCCAAGCACCGGAUCUACGAGUACGUGGAGUCCCGCAUGUCCUUCAUCGCGCCCAAUCUGUCGCUCAUCAUCGGGGCCUCGGCCGCUGCCAAGAUCAUGGGGGUGGCAGGGGGCCUGACCAAUCUGUCCAAGAUGCCGGCCUGCAACAUCAUGCUCCUCGGGGCCCAGCGGAAGACCCUGUCCGGCUUCUCCAGCACCUCUGUGCUGCCUCACACGGGCUACAUCUAUCACAGUGACAUCGUCCAGUCUCUGCCCCCGGACCUGCGACGGAAGGCGGCGCGUCUGGUGGCCGCCAAGUGCACGCUGGCCGCCCGGGUGGACAGCUUCCACGAGAGCCCGGAGGGAAAGGUCGGAUUUGAGCUGAAGGAGGAAAUCGAGCGCAAGUUCGACAAGUGGCAGGAGCCGCCGCCCGUGAAGCAGGUGAAGCCGCUGCCGGCGCCGCUGGACGGGCAGAGGAAGAAGAGGGGCGGGCGCAGGUACCGGAAGAUGAAGGAGCGUCUGGGCCUCACCGAAAUCCGCAAGCAGGCCAACCGCAUGAGCUUCGGAGAGAUCGAGGAGGACGCCUACCAGGAGGACCUCGGCUUCAGCCUGGGCCACCUGGGCAAGUCGGGGAGCGGGCGGGUGCGGCAAACGCAGGUCAACGAGGCCACCAAAGCCCGGAUCUCCAAGACCUUACAGCGGACACUGCAGAAACAGAGCGUAGUGUACGGUGGAAAAUCGACUAUCCGGGACCGCUCCUCGGGCACGGCUUCCAGCGUCGCCUUCACCCCCUUGCAGGGCUUGGAGAUCGUGAAUCCGCAGGCAGCGGAGAAGAAGGUCGCGGAGGCCAAUCAGAAAUACUUCUCCAGCAUGGCCGAGUUCCUUAAAGUCAAGGGCGAGAAGAGCGGCAUCAUGUCCACCUGAAGAGCCCGGGACGGGGACAGACAGAGACUGGGGCAGCUUGAUGGGGAAAGGGGGUGAUUUUCCCCCAAGCUGGGCUUAUGUAUCACUUCCUUUUUUGUAAUUUUUAAGCGAAAUCGAUUAAAGUACUAAUUUAAACCUACA